GCGAAAGCAAAAGGAAAGGCCAAGCAGGCGGCAAAAGAGGCAACGGAGCAGGAGGGUGAUCCCGCAAAGAAUGCUGCCGGCAGACCCAUCCGCAAGCGCAAGGAUGUCCCGGAGGAUGAGAAACUCAAGCGACAGUCCUACGAGAUUCCUUCUUACAGUUACAGUCAGUGGUCCAUCUACUGGACCAAGAAUGCAGUGGGGCUGAAGCUGAAAAACGUGGAGACCGAUUGUGGGAAGCAGGUUGUCUACCUCGCCAACCCCAACGUUUCCAUGAAGGAUCACUUGGACUUCGCGGCGACAUGUGCUAACAUCAUCGAGCAGGCAAAGGGCAAGCUCGAUGAAGACACGAAGGCAUCCUUGCAUGCCUGCAAGAUGCAGUUCCGCGAAGCGGGCAAGCAGCAGUGCUAA